AUGUCCUCCACGCCCACCACCUCAAUCCCCUCAACCUGCUGCGGCAACAAAAACCCCGCCGGCGCCUGCGCCUGCGCAACAGAAGCCACCUGCUCCUGCGGCAAAAAACCCGCCCUCCACUGCAACUGCUCCCAAGCACAAGUCGAGAACAACCUCUCCGGCGCGAGAUGUUCCUGCCACCAACGCCCAGCCAACUCCUGCACCUGCUCCCGCGCCCCAACAGAAAACGCCAAGCCCGCCGCCGGCGACGCAUGUGCAUGCGGCAAGCGCAGCGCUAACAGCUGUAACUGCAACAACACCGAGACCUCAGGAUCGGGAGCUUCGUCAGAUCUUGAGACGGAUUUUACGACGAGGAAGUAG